GAGAAUGGAUCAGUAUUUGGAUCAGUUGUCAUGUCUGCUUGGUCAUCGUGAAUCCAAGGGAAGAGAUGGACAGCAAGAGCAGGAUGGAGGGGUUAGCGAGGGAUGAAUGUGAGCUGCAUGACUGGUACUAUAAGGAGGACAAGAAAGUGCUAUGUGCAGACAGAGUGGGCCAGAUGACGAAGACCUACAAUGACAUUGAUGCUGUCACACGUCUGUUGGAGGAGAAAGAGAGAGAUCUGGAGUUGGCUGCAAGGAUUGGCCAAUCACUUCUUAAGAAGAACCGAACUCUGACUGAGCAGAAUGACUAUCUGGAGAUACAAGUGGGACAAAUCACAGAGGAGGUGGCCCAGCUGCAUCAUGAGUUGAACCUGAAGGAUGAGCUGCUGCAGUUUUACACCAAUGCAGCUGAGGAGAGCGAGGACGAGUCCAGCAGCUCUCCAACGGGGAAGAAGAGUAAAGUGGAAACAGCUUCAGGAGCCUUUGUGAGUGACACACUCCAGAGGAAACUCAAAGAGCUGGAGGAAGAGAACCUCUCUCUCCGCUCAGAGGCUAACCAUCUAAAGUCUGAGACUGAAACUUAUGAAGAAAAGGAGCAGCAGCUUGUCAGUGACUGUGUGAAAGAGCUCAGGUUGUCCAGUCUCCAGAUCUCCACCAUAGCGGAGGAACUGGCUCGUAAGACUGAAGAUGCCUCCCGACAGCAAGAAGAGAUCACACACCUCCUCUCUCAGAUAGUGGAUCUGCAAAAGAAAGCCAAAUCUUAUGCAGUGGAGAAUGAGGAGCUCUCGCAACACCUGAUGGCAGCCAAAGAUGCCCAAAGGCAGCUUACAGCAGAGCUCCAGGAGUUAGAGGAGAAGUACUCAGAGUGUAUUGAGAUGCUGCAUGAAGCUCAGGAGGAGCUGAAGAACUUGAGGAACAGAAACUACCCUGCAGGGACCCCUCGACGCUACCACCCCCUGGGACUGUACCCAAUGGAUUCUCUGGCAGCUGAGAUUGAGGGAACGAUGAGGAAGGAGUUGAGUCUGGAUGAUCCUGAGUGUGAAGAACAGAAAGUUCAUCGUAAGCGUGUUUUUGAGACGGUCAAGAACGUCAACCAGACAGUCCGUCAGCGCUCACUGACUCCAACCAGCGCCAACAUCCCCGGCUCCAACCAGUCUCUGUCAGCUCGUACGUCACCUCAGUCCAGUGGCCUCUCCACCCCCCACUCCAGCGUGUACGGAGGUGACAUCAGUGGAGACAGUGUUGCCCUUGACAACCGUACACAGAGCAUCCUGAUGGAGACAGCAUCUAAUCAGGAUAGCAACGCAGAGGGCCGGGAGAAGAAGGCGAGUGGUGCUGAGGACCUGAGGCUGGCCCUGCGCCGCCUGUCUCUGCGUCGACAGAACAACCUGAGCGAGAGGCGUUUCUUUGAAGAAGAGAGGGAGCGAAGGCGGGGAGGACAUGGAGGACUGCAGGAUGCUCUGGGCCAGGAGAGCAUGUUGACCCCCUCAGAAAGCAUCAUGUCCCUUGGCAACCUCCACCUGUGGGCCACACGAGGGCCCUACCUCCCUGACAAGCUCCAAAUCGUCAAACCACUUGAAGGCUCCGCCACCCUGCACCACUGGCAGCAGUUAGCCCAGCCUCACCUCGGUGUGAUCCUGGAUGCCAGACCAGGAGUCAUGCCAAAGGGUUACAGACCUCUUGAACUAGAGCUGGAGCAGGUGUAUCCUUGGGGUGGCUUUGAAGAGGAUGAACCAGGUGAGCAAUACUUCCAGAAUCUUCCCACAUCCUCAGCCUCUGUCACACCAGCCGUGCCCUCCACCUCUGGCACCACCGAUACCAACCUCGGGCAGGCUCCACCCAGCCGUGCUCCACUUUCUCCUCCGUCUCCAUCCCCAUCGCCACAUCUCAGCAACACAGACGCCCUGGCUGCAUACUACCCAGGUAAAUGCAUGGCCCACACCAGCUCUACCUACACCUUCACAACCUGUCGAAUCCUUCACCCGACUGAUGAGCAGACACGGGUCACGCCAAGUCUAAACCCAGUCCCAGCGUCAGCUUCCUGUGUGAUGACCAGCUCUUUGUUGGGUACCCCGGCUGCAACACCCUGCACGCCCCGUAGGCUCAGUCUCAGGCCCUCCGAAUCCUCAACUAACCUCAGAGAUGCAACACGUACCACCAGCACCUCCCUGGGGUUAGUGCGUCUUCUCCAGGAGAGAGGGAUCUCAGCAGCGAUGUAUCACCAGAGCCAGGGCCUGGAGCAUGGUCAGGGCAGCGGAGGAGUCUUAUUCAGCACCUCUGUCGCCCCUAACCGAGCACCAAACCCUGACCCUCUGCGGCCCUCUACCCCCCCCAACUCCCCCACAGGGCCGGGAGCUUCUUCAGCCAUGCUAACCUCUGCAGGUUUCGACUUUAAGAGCCCCUCUUAUGACAACUUCCUGGCCUCUAAACCAGCCCGUUCUAUUCUGAAGGAGGUGACUGGGGGGAUGAGGGGGAGGCAGAGAGGGAGGGACUGCGAAAGCCAGACAGACGUUAGCGUGACCGUCCACAACCUCAACCUGCUGGAUAAGGUGAAGCGGCUGGGUGUGGCUGGAGCGCCGGGGGGCAGAGCGAUGAGUCCCAGUCCCAUGCUGGGACCGCUGGGUGGGCUUCGCAGAUCCGGCUCCCCCUUCGGGCCUGAUGGAAUAAGGAGGAACCGGAGUUAUCCAGCCAUGGUUGGGGCCAGCAUGGCCAUGAAAGCCCCGGGGCCCCAGGAGUAGUCUGGACUGCUGCUGGCCAUCAGGGUACCACAAGUAGGAGCCAGGCAGGGUCAAGGUGUGGCUGCUGAGCAGUCCCUGGAGCCCAAACACUGACUGACACUGUUCAUACUGUACGACAAUGACAUGGCACUACUGACCAGUUUCUAAUCACACACCGACACGAUCAGCUUUAUAGUGCUUUUAGGAGGCAACUCAUGCUUGAAUUAAAAGUAAA